AUGUCUACCAACCUUGCGAGAACCACACUGUUACAAGAAAGAGAGGAAAUACUGAGGGAUAUAGCUGAAUUGGCUGCCGAAACGGAGCGCCGUUCUCUGAUGACGCCCGAAGAAAAGAGUUUGGAGAACGGGUUACGCUUACGAGGUGAACUCGAGAGUAAGCCCGCGUUAGCAAUCCUGCUACAUCCAACGCCCCCUACGUGGAUGGCACGAGCACGAUGCCGAGCCGAUUACUGUUCCUUCGCAGAGUGCAGAGUGAUCAAAGAGGAAUAUCGGAUCGUGUUCGACACAGUACCGCGAGUGUGUUUUCACGUAUCCUGUAUUGAGAAAAUGCUCGACCUGCCUUCGCUUGCCCCCGCACGCUUCAAACUUGACACGGACUGUUACCGAUGGAAUCGGGACUGGCCUUGGACGUGGGGCUUGAUGUUGCAGAAAUGGUUCGAACAUGGUGGCUGCAUUAAUCUACACAAGAUUGCAAGGUAUUUCAAGGCCUAUAUAAGGUAUGAAAGGGAAGUCAGUAAACAUGAUGCAGCUUGGAUUCAAUGUCAAUUGGCGCAAUAA